GCGGCCCGCCCUCUGGGAGCCGGAAGCCGGGUGAGCGAGGCCGAUUGCCUAGUGUCGGCCGAAAGGAAAGCCCUGGGAGGACCCUCGCUGGCCCCGGGAGACUCCCCAGCCGUCCGCGACGGUGCGGGGGCCAUGGGGAGUCCGCGCUGCCGGCCGCCGGUGGUCGGGGGCUCCGCGCUAGGACGGCUGCUCCUGGUCCUGAGCGCGCUGGCCUCGGGCCGCGCCUCCCCGGGGCUCCUGGACUUCCCGGCUCCGGUCUGCGCUCAGGAGGGCCUGAGGUGCAGAGUCAACUACAGUACCUGCCUGGAUGACAGCUGGAUCCACCCUCGAAACCUGACCCCUUCUUCCCCUAAAUACAUCCAGACCCAGCUGGACUUUGCCUUUACCCAGCAUGGAGACCUUGUCCCUGUGGUGCACAUCGAGUGGACACUGCAGACUGAUGCCAGCAUCCUGUACCUCGAGGGCGUGGAGCUGUCUAUCCUGCAGCUGAACACCAAUGAGCGUUUGUGUGUGGAGUUUGAGUUUCUGUCCAAACUGACACACCACCAUAAGCGGUGGCGGUUCUCCUUCAGCCACUUUGUGGUAGAUCCUGGCCAGGAGUAUGAGGUGACCGUUCACAACCUGCCCAAGCCCAUCCCUGAUGGGGACCCAAACCACCAGUCCAAGAACUUCAUUGUGCCUGACUGCGAGAACAGCAGGAUGAAGUGGACCACACCAUGUGUGAAUUCAGGUAGCCUGUGGGAUCCCAACAUCACUGUGGAGACCCUGGACAGCCAGCACCUCCAAGUGAGCUUCACCCUGUGGAAUGAAUCCAUCCCCUACCAGAUCCUGCUCAACAGUUUUCCAGACAUGAAGAACCAAAGCUGCUUUGAUGCCAUACAGCAAAUACCUGCGCCCAGACAAGAGGAGUUCCACCAGCGAGCCAAUAUCACACUCAAUCUCAGCAACUAUAACUGGUGCUGCCACCACCAAGUGCAGAUUCAGCCCUUCUUCAGCAGCUGCCUGAAUGACUGCUUGAGACACGCUGUGACCCUGCCCUGCCCAGAAAUCCCACAGACCCCAGUUUCCUUUGCAGAAUAUAUUCCCCUGUGGGUGUAUGGCUUCAUCACAGUCAUUGCCAUCCUGCUGGUGGGCUCUGUCAUCCUGCUGGUCAUCUGCAUGGCCUGGAGGCUUUCUGGAUCUCAUCAUGAGAAAUACAGUGAUGACCCCAAGCACAGUGACAUCGUGCCUGUAGCCAACCUAAACCCCCCACCCCUGAAGCCCAGGAAAGUCUGGAUCAUCUACUCAGCCGACCACCCCCUCUAUGUGGAUGUGGUCCUAAAGUUUGCCCAGUUUUUGAUCACUGCCUGUGGCACUGAAGUAGCCCUGGACCUCCUAGAAGAACAGGUCAUCUCAGAGGUGGGAGUUAUGACCUGGGUGGGCCGCCAGAAGCAGGAGAUGGUAGAGAGCAACUCCAAAAUCAUCAUCCUGUGCUCCCGGGGUACCCAAGCCAAGUGGAAGGCCAUCUUGGGUUGGGCCGAGCCUGCCGUCCAGCUACGGUGUGACCACUGGAAGCCUGCUGGGGACCUGUUCACAGCAGCCAUGAACAUGAUCCUCCCAGACUUCAAGAGGCCAGCCUGCUUUGGCACCUACAUUGUCUGCUACUUCAGUGGCAUCAGCAGCGAGAGCGACAUCCCUGACCUCUUCAAUAUCACCUCCAGGUACCCACUCAUGGACAAAUUUGAAGAGGUUUACUUCCGGAUCCAGGACUUGGAGAUGUUUGAGCCUGGUCGGAUGCACCAUGUCAGGGAGCUCACUGGGGAAAAUUAUCUGCAGAGCCCUAGCGGCUGGCAACUGAAGGAGGCUGUGGCCAGGUUCCGAGAGUGGCAGACCCAGUGCCCCGAUUGGUUUGAGCAUGAGAACCUCUGCUUAGCAGACGACCAGGACCUCCCGUCCCUGGACGAAGUGUUUGAAGAGUCACUGCUGCCACCAGGGAGCGGAAUCGUCAGACAGCAGCCCAUGAUGCGGGAGCCCUCCUCAGAGGACUGCCUGGUGGUAGAUGUCUGUGUCAGUGAAGAAGAGAGGGGAAUGGCAAAGCUGGACCCGCAGCUACAGUCCCAGGGGGAUCUGGGGACCCAGACCCUCCGGACUAUGGUGCUCCCAGCAGAGCAGGUCCCUGCAGCCCACAUUGUAGCACCUGUCCCUCUUGCAGAUGGCAGUGGAGCUGCCAGCCAGCUGGCUGUGGCAGAGGACAGUGAGGCCUGCCCACUGCUGGGGGCCCAGCGGAACAGCAUCCUUUUCCUCCCCACAGACUCAGAUGACUCACCUCUCUGCAGCACCCCAGUGAUGUCACCUGACCACCUGCCCGGUGAUGCAAGGGAGCAGCUGGAAAGCUUGAUGCUGUCAGUGCUGCGGCAGAGUCUAAGUGGCCAGCCCCAGGUGAGCUGGGAGAGGCCCGUGGUGGUCCUCAAAGACCCCUGCACACCCUGUGAGGAGGAACAGCGGCAGUCAGUACAGUCAGAUCAGGGCUACAUCUCCAGGAGCUCACCCCAGCCCCCUGACGGGCUCACAGACAUGGAGGAGGAAGAGCUAGAUCUGGGCCAGUCUGCGGAGCCUCUCUCUCCUGAGGACCUACAGGACCUGAGGAGCCUCCAGCAGCAGCUUUUCUUCUGGGAGAUCCAGAAGAACCCUGGCUGGGACAGUUUGGGAGCACGGAGGCCAGCCACAGAGGAGCAGGCUCCCUCUUAGGGGCUCCUAAUCCUGGUCCUUGAAAGAGGACGUUGGGGGUGGGGUGGCAGGGCUGCCUUUAAAAUGUGGACAUCUAAGCUGGGCACAGUGGUGUGUACCUAUAGUCCUGGCACUCAGGUUGGGGUGUGGGGGCUGAGGCAGGAUGAUCUUCUAAACCCAGAAUUUCAGAACCAGUUGGGACAACAUAGCGAGAGCUCAGAAAAAUAAAUAUUUUAGGCUGGGCCUGAUGGUACACACCUUCAAUCCUAGCACAUAGGAAGCAGAGGCAAAUGGAUCACUGUGAGUUCAAGGGCAGCCUGGUCUACAUAGUUCUAGGCCAGCUGUGGUUAUAAGGAGACCUUGUCUCAAACAGAAACCAAACAACAAAAAGCCAUAGACUUCUUCAUUCUGAUCCCUAGACAUCCCCAUUCUUUUUACACAAGCAUCUGUUCAUCAUGUAAUUCAGAAGAAGCCACACUGCCUGUUCUCAGGAGCUAACAGCCAAGUGGUUCAUUCAUUCAACAUUUAUUCCAUACCUACUCUACAUCAGACA